AUGGAACGUAUUCUUCUUGUCACCGACUAUCCCAAUCUAACUGAACUUGAAAUUCAUGAUUUUCAUAAAGAAAUUGCUUUAAAUUACUUUACAAAUAAAUCAUCACUUCGAUCUAUUUUCCAAGAACAAAUUACAAAUCUUAUUCUUAUCAAUAAUGAUGAAUGCGCAAUGACAUGUUCAUCAAAUUAUACUGCAAAGAUAUAUGCGCAUAUUUUGACCUUCUUCAAAAAUUUAAAAAUUCUACGUAUUAUAGAACCAAGUAUUGUGUCAUAUCCACCUCUAUCACUUUGUUAUUUACCAUCGACUACUUUUUCAUCUCCGAUUCUUACUCAUUUAUAUAUCAAUGUGCAAACUUUUGAUGAUUGUCUUUGCUUACUUGAUGGUCGACUUAAACAAUUGACAACAUUGUUUGUUACUGUCUGUUGCCCAUUCGAGUCUUCACGCAUUAUUCACAAUAUGAAUAAACUAUCUAAUCUUAAGUGUUUCUCGUUAAAAAUGUUCUAUGAAUUUCAACCUUAUGAUAGAAUUGCAUCACUUUUGCGUCGUAUGUCAAAUCUGGAAAAAUUAACUUUAAACAUUUCUAUAAAAGAUCGAAAUAGUGUCAUUGAUGGUACUUAUAUUCAACAUGAUAUUUUUGAUUGUAUGCCACAACUUCAUUGA